AUACAUAUAUAUCUUCUAUUUUUGGUCCAUAGGAAAAAGAAGAUGCAAAGGACGCAGAUGGAAAAGCUGCUGACAGAGAUAAAGAGCAAGCUGAAAAGGAAGCUGUAGUGUUAAAAGAGGAAAAAGAAGAUGCAGAGGAUGCAGAAGGUGAAAAAGCUCCUGCAGGAGAUGAAGAGCAAGCUGAAAAGGAAUAUACUGAUAAGGAAAAUCAGAUUGAAAAGUUUUCCGAAGAAGCAGAAUAAACAUAGUGAAUGAAGAAAAGGAUGAGUCUGUGAAGCCAAAAAAUGAUACUAAAGAAGAUAAGACAAAUUACACUGUUGUUAAAGAAGAAGAAGCAACUUCAAAGAGUGAAGAUGAAGAAUCAAGUGACGAGAAUUACCCAGAAGUGGUUGUUCUGUCUCGGAAAAAGGCAAGCAACAGGCGGGGUCCAUGUGUGAGAGGUCCAGGAGUGUCUAUGCCUAGCUGUAUGAUGUAUACAGGACAAGCAAUUGGAUUUGACAGUUAUGAUGUCUCUGCCAACAAUUAUAACUUCCCACCAGUGCAGCAGCAGAUGUGCUCCCCUGGAUAUGUGACAUACAAGUCUCCCCUCCAUGCCUCAUCUCCAGGAUACCAAGAUAAUUGCCUGCCUGAUCAGACUGACACUGGGUACAUCAUGGACUCGCCAUUGUACCAACCAAAUAUGUCUCCUGCCAGUUCAGCCCUUGAAACUUUUCUGCCAAGCCCAAUGUCGAGUGGAAGUUAUUAUCAGAAUGAGAUGAGUGGAGCUUCUCCAGGUUAUGGCAUGAAUCAAAAUUGUUAUGAAUUCCCUGAUACCCCAAAUUCUCUACGGGAUGAUAGUGAAGCAGUGCAAAUGUUACCCACAGCAACAAGACAGGCUUCUGACUAUGGCCAAAUUCUGGAAAAUCAGUCCUUUGUGUCUGAGCCUAGGAAGGAUGUAGAUAUUGGAAGCAUUUUAGAGGCUAUCUAUAGAGUAGAGAACAAGCCACAGUCAUCACCCAUUCCAGUGGAGGAUUUAGUUGAGAUCACUAAGAACCUGCGGUCAUGUGAACUUGCAGGUGUACCAAACUUCAGCAACUUUGGAGAUGACCUUGAGGAAAUACUGGAAGUGGCCCCCCGUCUUCACAAUGUAGAAGAUAUCAUCAGGGUAAGUUUUGUUUAUUUUUAUAUUUGUUUACAGAGCCACACACUCACACACAAUCAUUCACAUGCACGCUCACUUCAGAGUGAUACACUCACCCAAGCAUGCAGUUGCAGCUGCUGCUCCAUCCACCACCCCAUACCCACAUCCACCACAAACACACAAACUUACAUCCACCACUACGCACAGAGACAUCUACACAGACAGAGCCACACACACAUAGCAGCGUGGGCUUUCCUAUAG